GGUCGCGCGGCGGUGAGGUCACGCAGCGCGCGGCGCAGGAUGGUGGCGGGCGCGUUCCCGCUGGCCAAGCUGCUGACGCUGGGCGCGCGCCAGCUGAGCCGCCCCCUGGCGGCCCGGAUCAAAGCCGGGGCGCGCGCCAGCCCUUUCUUCCGCACCUACAUCUGCCUCCCGCCCGCGCAGCUGUAUCACUGGGUGGAGAUGCGCGCCAAGAUGCGGCUGAUGGGUUUCCGCGGCGCCGCGGUCAAACCGCUGAACGAAGAAGCGGCGGCGGAACUAGGAGCGGAGCUACUCGGGGAAGCGAUCGUGUUCGGCGUGGGAGGGCUCUGCCUCUACUUGGAAUACGCCCGGCAGUCGGGACAGGCCCGGCGGCGGGAGGAAGAGCAGGCGGCGGCGUUACGGGAGGUGGGGGAGCGGCUGGAGCGGCUGCAGGAGGAGCUGAACGCCAUGGCGGCGCGCCUGCCCCCCGGCCACGCCCCCGCCGGCUCUGACCACGCCCCCGCCGCAGGCCACGCCCCCGGAGUUGAAGGCUCAGGACACGCCCCCGCUGGGCCCGGCCAUUAAAAGCGUCCACGUGCUC